AGGGGUUCCACCGCUUUCGUUGAUAAUAUCUGAAAUUUCCAUCCCAAUUUAUGAACUCAACUACCUUCUCUCUGGCCAUGCCUUCUUCUGGAAUCUCGAAACGAUUGAUCCUGAAGCAUUGAAAUAACACGGGUUAUUUUGCUGACAAAAGGAGAGAGUCUGUUAUAAGUUUCGGAUCGUUUUUGUUUUCCACAAGUGUCCUGUUGUUGCUCUGGGGUCAAUCUCCAAUGCAGGAAUCGUCAAGAAAGAAAGUUCCGAACCAAUCUCAUAGGUUCUACGAACAGCCACCGCAAGAACCUGGGUCGUGUUACUGGCCUCCUAUGAACCAUGAAGGUGGCUUGUACUCUGAUGAUGUAUUUGAACAAAAUCACUUACCAUCUGAGGCUUUCAAACAGUACUGCAACCUCGAGUCAUCCUCAGGAACUAGUGGUUACCCUCCUCAAAAUUCUUCCUCGACUGCUAGCUUCACAUCGAAUGGAAGCCCUUCUUCGCACCAAGAGUGCCACUCGUACCCGUUAGACCCGUAUUAUUCUCCCGACAAUAACUGUGGCUCACCUGUCAGUAGAUCUUGUUUAACAGAUGAUGCUGCUGAUGACUUAAGGCACAAAAUCAGGGAAUUGGAGACUGCCAUGCUUGGACCGGAUGCCGAUGGGUUUGACAUCUACUUGGUCGCUAAUCCAGUCGAUCCUGUAUUGCCUGUGCAAGAAGCAGGGUGGAAAGAUGUGGCUGAGAUAAUGACGAGAAAGGAUUUGAAAGAGAUGCUUUGUGCUUGUGCACGAGCAAUAGGGGAAAACGAUAUGUUGACUGGUGAAUGGUUGGUGUCGGAGCUACGUGGAAUGGUCUCGGUUUCGGGUGAGCCAAUCCAGCGUUUAGGAGCUUACUUGUUAGAGGCACUUAUUGCAAGGACAGCCUCUUCAGGCAAUUCUAUCUACAAAGCCUUAAGAUGUAAAGAGCCUAUAGGUACUGAGAUGCUCUCAUACAUGCACAUUCUCUAUGAAAUUUGCCCUUAUUUCAAGUUUGGAUACCUUUCAGCAAAUGGGGCAAUUGCUGAAGCCAUUAAAGGUGAAAAUAGAGUUCACAUAAUUGAUUUCCAGAUAGCACAGGGAAAUCAAUGGAUUACAUUGAUGCAAGCUCUUGCAAAUCGACCUGGAGGACCCCCGAAGGUUACCAUUACAGGCAUAGAUGAUUCUGCUUCCACUUUUGCUCGAGGAGGAGGGCUCGAGAUUGUCGGGAAAAGGUUGUCGCUUUUGGCAGAGUCGUUAAUGGUACCCUUUGAGUUCCGUGGAAUUGCAGGCUCUGCUUCUGAAAUUCAACCCGAAGAUCUUAAAGUUCAACCAGGUGAAGCCAUUGCUGUGAGUUUUACCUUGGUGCUGCAUCAUAUGCCCGACGAAAGCGUUGGCAGUCAGAAUCACCGGGAUCGAAUCUUGCGGCUGGUCAAGAGCUUGUCUCCAAAAGUUGUGACAGUCGUCGAGCUCGAGUCGAACAACAAUACAGCUCCCUUUUAUUCCCGUUUCCUCCAGACAUUAAAAUAUUACACAGCUAUCUUCGAAUCCAUAGAUGUUACCCUCCCAAGAGAUCACAAGGAGCGAAUCAAUGUGGAGCAGCACUGUUUAGCUCGCGACAUCGUAAACAUAGUUGCAUGUGAAGGAGCCGAAAGAGUCGAACGUCAUGAACUUCUCGGAAAAUGGAGAUCACGGUUCCUCAUGGCAGGGUUUAAGCCACACCCCUUGAGCCCAUUUGUCAAUGCUACCAUUGAGGCACUGCUAAAGAACUACAGUGACAAGUACACGCUUGAAGAAAGGGAUGGGGCUCUAUAUCUCGGCUGGUUGAAUCAAAAUUUGGUAACCUCUAGUGCUUGGAUAUGACACCUACUUAGUUGUAAAAGGCAUCUUCCCACUUCAAACCUAUGAACUUAUGAUCUUUUGAUGAUUUCAUUAGAACUGAUAUCUGUAUUCACUAGAAGAGUUGUUGCUAAUUAAUACUUAUAUUUCAAGUAUUUGAAUUACUUUGUAAAG